AAGGAGAAAGGAAAGACCUUGGGAAGGCCAAAGUGAGGUGCGUAGGAGGAGCAAAGAACGUUAGUAUAUAUAUAUAUGGACGCACAUGAGGACAGUAAAACGACUUCCACCAUGAAGCUCUUGAUCUUAGCACUCGUGGCUGCUGCGUCGGCUGCCCCUCAGGGGUACAAUCUGCCUUCGCCCACUGGUCCUUCCUUUGACUCUGGGAGCUGUGGGAGUGGACAAGUGCGGCACGUGGAUGGCAGCUGCGUGACACCUCAAGUGAACAGCCGUGUGUUCCUGUACGAUGUGCCAGCAAACGAAGGUGUAGUCAAUCGGCCAGACUACAUUCCAGAGCCUAAAGUGGAACGCAAUAUCAUUUUUGUAAGACUGCCUGAAGGUGCAGAUGGACCAGAACCCAUCGUCGUACCACCGCCACAACAGCAACACGUCGUGUAUGUCCUGAACAAGCAGUCUGAACAUGACCAACGAGUGAUCGAGGUUCCAGCACCGCCACAAUCCAACCCCGAAGUGUUCUUCGUGAACUACGCAGAAGGAGAGAACCCGACUCUUCCCAGCGGAGUCGACCUCCAGACGGCGCUGAGUUCAGCUUCCCAGGGCGGCGGUCAGGUUGUUGGAGGCGGUGGAGUUGGAGGAGGAAUCGGAGGUGGAGUUGGAGGUGGAAGCGGUGGUGGCAUCGGAGGCGGAAGCGGUGGUGGCAUCGGAGGUGGCAUCGGAGGUGGCAUCGGAGGCGGAAGCGGUGGUGGCAUCGGAGGCGGAAGCGGUGGUGGCAUCGGAGGCGGAAGCGGUGGUGGCAUCGGAGGCGGAAGCGGUGGUGGCAUCGGAGGUGGCAUCGGGGGAGGAAGCGGUGGUGGCAUCGGAGGCGGAACUUACUCUCCUCCUUCUAAUAUCUAUGGUACACCCUAAAAGUAUCCAUGUGUUGACUCCUUCAUCAUUUUGAAUAGCCAUAUAAGAAAAUGCGGU